AGAACAGUGACCCUUUGCGAUGCGGUCCACGAUGACGGCCGUGCUGCUGGUGGCGGCGACCCUGCUCGCGGUCGUGACCUCGCGCAAGAGCCUGGGUCAUGAUCCGGCUGGUUAUGUCUACCAGCAUCAUACAGUUGCGCACCCUUACAUGAACAGUGGAAUGGACAUCCCUCACUGGCGCAUUGGUGGAUCAACUCUGGUCACGGACAGCUACAUCCGUCUUACACCCGAUCGCCAGUCGCGCCGCGGUUACCUGUGGAACUCCCGCCCCUACAAGCUUUUGGCAACCCAAGUGCCCGAGGAUGAGGGUUCCAUGAGUGACUUCCAGCUUGACAUUAGCUUUCAUGUGCAUGGCCAAGGUGUGCGUCUGUACGGUGAUGGUUUUGCCGUGUGGUACACCAAAGAAUCAGAGGAAAUGGGCCCCGUCUUUGGCAAUCGCGACAAGUUUACCGGUCUUGGCAUUUUCUUCGACACCUACAGUAACGUGCAACAGGGUCACCAACAGUACAUCAGCGUCAUGAUUGGUGAUGGCGAACAAGCCUACGAUCAUGAUGUGGAUGGCGGUGAUGCCAAGAUUGCCGGCUGCCCGCUUCGCUUCCGUAGCCGCAGCGACGAAGUGCCCUAUCAUGCCCGCAUCAUCUACCAAGACAAGAUCUUGCGGAUGCACCUCGACCUGAACACUGGCAACUGGCACGAGUGCUUUGUGGUGCGCCGUGUACACCUUCCCCCGGGCUAUCACUUUGGUGUCACCGCUGCCACUGGUGAUUUGGCCGACAACCAUGACAUCAUCAGCUUCAAGGUCUCCGAACCCGUGGAGAUGGACCCCGAAGAGAAGAAGGAGCUCAUGGACCGCAUUCACGAGGACGAGGUUCUUGAACAAAAGAACCCCGAUCAGCUUCUCCACAAGGGCCAGGAUAUCCAAUACGAAAACCCCGACGCAGAAGGCUCCUGGUUCUGGGUCGGCGUUGUCGUUGUGGUCCUGAUCGCUGCCACCUUUGGUGGCCUUUUUGUCUACUCCAAGUCGCAGCAAAAAGCCAGUCGCUUCAACUUUUAA